AUGUUCUCAUUAGCCAAACGUUCUUUAGUUUCAAAAAUUUCAACUCGUUCAUUUUCUUCAAUUCCUGCGAGAAAGAAUGUUAUUUCAGAUUUAUAUGUUAAAGAAUUAAAAGGUUUUAAACCAACUCCAUUAACUGCUCAAGAUGCUGAAGGUUCUGUUAAACCAUGGAAAGCUCCAGCUGCUCCAAGAACCCCAGGUUUAGAAGCAGAUGCUGCUACUCAAUUGAAUGAAUAUGAAUCUGCUCCUGUUGAAGUUGAUUCUGCUCCUGUUGCAAAUGAAGGUGCUACUGAAUCUACUGGUGAAGAUGAUUGGUUUGUUUUAGAAGAAGAUCCAGUUGAAGAAAAUCAUCAUUAG